UUAGAAGCCUUGUCUGCAGACUCUACCACUUAUAUAAACCUUCUAUAGCCUCUGUUAUGCCGACGUUCAUUUGAGAAACGCCCGUGGGCUUUACCCUGAAAUUGCCGUGUACGUAUAUCCUUCACAUAUAAAGUUCCCAUCCGAGAAAUCAGCCUCGUGCCCUCUUUAUCGGUACACCCGCUCUUUGCUCACACAUCAUCUUUUUUCCUUCAGCGAUACCUCCCUCCGUGUCCCUAAACAAUGCCUGCUGAGCGAUCCCGUGGCUCAUUGAAGCGCGAGUCUUCAGAUGGCGCCCAAUUAACUUGGACCCUUCCGCUUGAGCCUGCGUCUCCUCAGAGCAUUGCAUUUGCACCCAACGUAACGCCCAUCACUUUUAACGAAUCACCUCACACUGUUGAAACUACAUUCGAACCUGUGCUCUUUCCCACUCCUACCGCGGAAUGUUCGUCCCGUCGGCCCACACAUAGCAAAAAGCGGCCCGACGAUCAUAUCCCCCGUCCCCCUAACGCCUUCAUCCUCUUCCGCUCAUCAUUCAUCAAAAGCCAGCAUGUAUCCACAGGAGUAGAAACUAACCACAGCACACUUUCAAAGAUAAUAGGUCUUACGUGGCAGAAUAUGCCCCAUGACGAGCGUCAGAUCUGGCACGCAAAGGCAAAGAAGGCAUUGGAGGAUCAUAGGCGGAAGUGGCCACAGUAUGCUUUUCGCCCUUCCCAUACAAAAGCAAAGGGUGGGACCGAGAAGCGCAAAGUUCGGGAAGUCGAGCCGAAGGACAUGAAGCGUUGCGCGAAAAUUGCUGAGCUCCUUGUAGAGGGCAAAAAGGGCCAGGAGCUCGAACAUGCAAUUCAAGAAUUCGACCGCACCCACGUCCCUGAGGUUGUUACACGUUUCGAGGCUCCCAUAACUGCUAGGGCAUAUCGCCGAUCUUCAUCCGCUCCCAUCGACAACCCGGAAACGAAGAAGCCAUUCCUUUCAUGCUCGCCCGCGCCACGCCGUGUAGUACGUUCCACAAGCAGCCAUCCUUCCCUUUCGUCAACCUGGAAAUCCCAAUGUGACGAUCUUCCGCCGAGACCCGAUGGUUUGGCGUCAGAGCACUGUCUUGAUAUGUCGGCAUCCUCUUCAUUUAUUUCAUCAGAUUAUUCUUUCCCUGCGAAACCACAACCUUCAUUGGAAUUUGAUCCUUUCAUGUUUGACGUAGCGUUCGGCAAUUCGAUGGCGUCUGCCGGUUCAACUUUCCCUGACUUUUCUCCUUCACCGUGCGAGACGCGGGUUCAAACGCCUUCAUUAGUUAUCGACACCACACAGGGCAGUUGUGACUGGUCGCAAGCUUCAUCGCCCUACUGUAACUCUCCUGUCACUCCUCAUUUCUCCCUCAAUCCUUCUUUCGACACAUUGUGUGCAGAAAACGACGAUCCGUAUACGACCGGUUCAUUUUCCUUCAAUAACUCAUAUCCCCUUCCUUGCAAUGGGGGUUUCCCAGACGCUUUCAACACAUUCAGUCACCCCGAAAAUUUGGGCUCCUCGUCGUUCUCGAAUGAAGAUUUCUUCUCGAAAAAUCAAUUUUCUUUAUUCGAGCCGGGGAAACUGGAGCUUGCCAGCGUGGAUAUGGAAUUUUCCGCUUUCAUGUCAUCAUUAUCGGCCUUCUGAUCACGAGUGCACUGUUUUUCCUUGGUUUCCGUUAAGUAACCAAAUGAUGUAUUUUUAACGACCCAACGCGCGCGGAACUUUUCUGUGUAACAACUUGUAACAUCUCAUCUCAUUUUGCGAUACAUACUUCCACACUUCCGUCAUACCCACUUGCUUUGUGUAUAGUUAUACCUAUCUACAUGUACUUAGAACACUUCUCUUUGCCAGCGCAACAGAGAAUUUUCAUAGAUUGCUACAAUUACAUAGUCCAGCUUGGAGAUUUGAAUGAUCAUAAAUCAUGACGCACGAGGACUUCAU